GUUAGUUUAUGUCACACCUUGCAACAAACUCAUCAACGGCUGCGUUCGGAGCAUGACUGGCGCUACCCAGCCGCGAAAGCGGCUUGCGUCCGACGACGUUAUGGCAAACUUAUCUACUUCCUUCGACGCAUUUCGACGGCGCAUCAGCGGUUUGGCAUCGCCCGACGCCACGACGACGAAUCCAGGCAGUCCGAUGACGACCAUGCCACCACCCCAACUGCCAGAAGCGGUGUCCGAGUGUAGCGUGUGUCUGUGUAGCCUGGGUCUGCUCAAAUUCAAGUACGUGUGCAAGAAUUGCGACAAGACCGUGUGUGGCGCCCAUAGCAAGAACCAAAUCCCGUUGCCCGACAUGGGGGUAUGGAAAGAAGUGCGUGUGUGCGACGUGUGCUAUGAACAGCGGCUCAAACGUCGCGCCGGCGCGAUCGAGACCUCGGACGACGCCCCAGGCGACGACGACACGUCGCUGUGCGGGAUCUUGUUCAGCGGACUCGUGGAGGAGCAAGACGAUACUCUCGACGAGAUGCUGUACCUCGGGUCGUUCCGCAUGGGCAGCCGGUCGUUGGCGAGCCGCAACUUCAACCCGAACAUGGCGAUCUGGAUCGAGCGGAUGGUGAUGCUCACACCGGCGGAGCUUCUGUCGUUCAAGCCGCAGAAAGACAAGGACAAGGAGGAGUUUCUUCUCGGCAUUGGCGAAGUUCGGUCGUCCAUCCACAUGACUGACAUCUUGCACAUCGACGUCGACGAGCACUACCCGCGCAUCCUCACGCUGGUGCGAUCCGAUGGCCGAAUCUACCGCCUUCGCGCCAAAGACAUCGAAACGUGCGCCGCCAUCACCAAGAAGCUCCAGGAAGCGAUGCACCUGUUCCAAGCGGCGUUGCAUAAGCUCCAGCGCGGGCUGCGACCGGAAGACAACGUCGUCGCAUGUGUGACGGUGCAGCACCACCCGUCGCUCGACGAGAUCGUCGUGCGUGCCGGCACCGGUCCGGACGACAGCACCCCCUCCCGCCCCCAGUUCCUGGUCGAGCUGUACCCUGCGUCGGUCGUACGACUGUACGCGAGCAGCCCCGUGGUCAGCGCCGUCGCCACGUACACGGUGCCGGAGCUCUUCCAACAAGUCAAACGGUGCGACACUGUCCGCGGAGCGACCUCAACAGACGAGCACCAGUUGGUGACCCACGUCGACAUUGAACGCAUGCCCCCCCAAGGGGGAUGGGCCAGCUAUGGAUGGUUGGGCGUGGGGUUGGCAGCAAUAGGCGUCGGCAGUGGCGUAGUGCUGCUGAUGUCCGCUCAGUCGCCGCCCGCCCUGCCGCUGCUGCUGCUUCCUCCUCUACAUUCGCUCCUUCCAUGGCUCGUGGUUGCAUUGAUGGCACUGACGUUGUCGUUUGCAAAGCAUUUGAACGUGAUGGUCCGGACGUGGCAGCUGUGGGGGCCACAGAUGUUCCGCCUCGUGUGUGUAAAAGUCGACUGCAUCAAGAACACCCUGCCGCCGUAUGCCAAGGACUUGACGGUCGACCUGCGGUUCACGGAAGCGUGCAAGGGAGACGCGGACGAAGCCAAGCGAAAGUACUCCAAGUACCUUGAGUGGCGACACGACCACAAUAUUGACACCAUCUUGCUUCGACCGCACCCGAAUUUCAAAGUGAUCAAGGAGUCGUACCCACAAGUGACCCACAAGCGAGACAAGCUGGGCCACCUCGUCGCGUUCGAGCUUGCUGGCGGCAUGCGCAAAGGCAUGCAGUAUUUCCAGUCCAAGGGGGUGACGGAGGAGGACGUGGUGACGCAUCUCGGGUUUUACAACGAGUUCUUGUGGACCGUGCUGGAUCGGCGGCCGUUUCCGGACGGGGUCAUGGUCAAGGUCAUCGACAUGCAGGGCGUGAACAUGGGCGACUUUGGCGGCGACGUGGUCAACUUUAUGAAAAAGUGCUCCAUCGUAGGCGAAGCGUACUACCCCGAGCGGCUCUACAAGAUCUUCAUCGUGAACCCGCCGUCGUGGUUUAGCAUGGUGUGGAAGGCCGUGUCGCCGCUGGUUAACCCCAAGACGCGCGACAAGAUCCACGUCGUACGCGGUCAAAAGGAGAUUCAGAAGGCCCUGCUCGAGUUUAUCGACGCCGCUAGCCUGCCCGAAGCGUACGGUGGCACGUGCGCCUGCCCGGGGGGGUGUCUGGCGAAUUCAGAUGACGAGAUCCUCCUACGAGAGUACGUGGCCAAGAUGAAUGCCCCCGCCGGUAGCGUCGACUUGGCGGCCGAGCUCGCAGUUCUGCAGGGCGUAAAGGUACCACCCACGCCAGUUCCAACGACCAAACGGAGUUAGGACCUUAGGAUUCAAUCGAAACAGUGUCGAUGUCUGCAG